CUUGUCCAUUGACGCAUAUACCAAAGCAUUGUUUUAGGUUUUAUAUCCUUGGCCUCCUUCAAAUCCUAAUCUUAGCUCUGCAAUUGCAAAUGCAAUGCCGAGUCCAGCAAUCCCUCGUUCAACUUCUGAGAUUUUAAUCUCCUCUUCCUCUUCAUCCAAGAUUCGCCUUCCAUCUUCCACUCGCUCUACUAGCUCAUCUUCUCGAUCUAACAAGUCCUCCUACUGGCUUGCUUGGAGCAACGUUAACAAGCUUGGAAACUUCAUCACCAUUGGAAGAAAGAGCAGUGAGUUAUCUCAUUCUGAUUUGACAGAGGAAAGCCUUGAAGCUCAUAAUAGAAGACAAGAAGCUUUCAUAUUACAGAAUCAAAGGGUUGAUUAUAAGAACGCUAAGUGCAGCCCUUAUUAUAAAGGACUUACUGAUUAUUCACUUGAUAUAAACCGUGAGAAGCAUCAUUUGAAUCAGUCUUCUAGCCCUGGACGUGAAAGCCAUGCUACUACUUUUGUUUCCAAUUCAAGUUCUAUUUCCUCUUUCGUUCUUGUUAAGAUUCAAGAAUGGACUGCUUGCUUCUCUUCCCUCAAGUAUUCUUCUACUAAGGACAAGCAAAAUCAUGUUCCUGCUCCGGCUCCGGCUGCUGCUCUGGCUUCAGCUCCUGCUCCUCCUGUUCCUGUUCCUGUGCCUGAACAUCCAGUAGAAAGUACGCCCUUGGAGACUGAUAAAAUUGUUUCAUCGGUUAUUCAAGAGGAGAAGCCAUUGAGGGAGAGAGUAUUGCCAUCAGAACCUGAACCACCAUCAUCAUCACCACCACCACCACCACCACCACCACCACCACCACCGUCACCACCAUCCAUAAAGGCUGAGGCGCCUGCAAAAGUUGAUGAGAAAAAUGAUACAGCCAUUGACAUGUUGGAUGGGAGGAAGCAGUUUACUUGGGCAGACAAGUAUCGUCCCAAAGCUUUGAAAGAUUUUAUCUGCAAUCAAGCUACUGCCACUAGGGUGCAGGGUCUGAUAAAAGGCGAAGAGUGUAAUCACUUCAUAUUCGAGGGACCUACUGGUGUGGGAAAAAGAACCAUGAUCUCGGCUAUGCUUCGAGAAGCAUAUGGGCCCGACAGAGUGAAGACUAGGGAAGAGUCCAAAGCAUUUUACUUGAAGGGAGAAUCAGUUGGGAGUAUAGAAGUAAAAAUUAAGGUAUCUUCUCAACAUGUAGAAGUCAAUCUCUCUGAUCUGAAAGGCUAUGAGAAACAUGUCAUCGUGGACCUUAUCAAAGAAACCAGUAAUGGGAUGUCGAAGAAAGGUUUGCAGUCGAAAACUGACAGUUGCCGAGCAAUCAUUUUAUACAAUGCAGACAAGCUAUCUGCAGAUGCUGUCCUGUACAUUAAGUGGCUAUUGGAAAGAAAUAAAGGGUCCAGUAUGUUUUUCUUCUGCUGCUCUGAUGUCUCAAAGCUUCAGCCGGUCAAGGAACUCUGCACAUUUGUUCAGCUUCACCUGCCUUCAAACGAAGAGAUUGUUGAAGUUUUAGAAUUUAUAGCAGAACAAGAAGGCAUAGAUUUGCCACGGGAAUUCGCUGAAACUAUAGCUAUAAACUCUAAGAAUAAUCUGCGUCAAGCCAUUCGAUCUUUAGAGGCCUCCUGGGAGAGAAGUUAUCCAUUUACAGAAGAUCAAAAAUUCUUGACCGGGUGGGAAGAUGAUAUUGCAAAUAUUGCCAAGGACAUGGUCCAAGAACAAAGUCCCAAACAGCUAUAUAUCAUACGUGGGAAGCUUCAAAACCUAAUAGAGCAUGAUGUAUCACCUUCCUUUAUUUUCAAAGCUCUGGUUGAAGAACUGAAAGGCAAUUUGGAUACUUUCUGCCAACUGCAACUUGACAACUUGUACAAGGAUUACAUUUUAAGAGAAAAACUCUCGUUAGAAGAUGGUAAAAGGCCUCAUGAUUCUGCCAAACACAAAUUUCAGAAAUACAUGAACAUUGAAGAGUUCAUAGCAAAAUUUAUGAGCUUGUACAAGUUACACAUCACCACUUCCAAAAGCAUGGAACAUGAUAGUGAAGCAUGAGGGAAGUUGAUCAUUAACAACAAUCAACAUCUGUGGUUGCAGCAAAUUUGCAUAUCUGGUAUUGCUUGUAAAAUAAAUAUAAAAAUUUUACAAAGAAAAACAAAAGGAAAAAUACUUGGAAACUGAAAAUGGUAUAUGAAAUAUUAUAGAGAAGAAGAUGAUGAUGAUGCUGCUUAGGGUUAAGCCUUAUCAUAUGGAUAAGUGUUGUGGUUUGAAUAAAUGCUGUGUAUGCUAGUAGCUUAUAAAUGUUGAUCAUUUAAUAAAAUUUUCUAGCAGACAUGCACCAUUGGUAUUUCAAUGUCCAUUAAGAUUUUUAUUUAUUUUAAAUUU